UAUUUUGAUUCUGGUGUAGGUGAGCGAGAUCUUGAGGGGCAGGUUGGAGAGGAGGAGGUGGUACUUCGUAAAGGACCAGGAGUAGGACGGAUAAAGUUGCCAGAGAGGGAGGAGAGGAUAGUCGAGCAGGGGAUUAUUCUUAAACUUGUCUCACAUCUACUCACACUUUGCUCGUAUACAGUUUUCAUUUGUUUGUUCCCUUUAACCUACUGGUUCUGCAUAAAGAAAAUAAAUGAUACGGAACGGAUUAUAAUUUUCAGGCUCGGAGCUUUAAUUGGGAGCAGAGGUCCAGGGAGAGUGCUUGUAUUUCCUUGGAUUGAUAGAACCCAGACUGUUUACGUCGCAAACUCAGCUUUCAGUGUUCCUCCCCAACAAUUGAUCACUCAUGAUGGAGGAAUUAUCGAGAUAGGAGCUGAGGUUCACUACGCGGUUGUUGACUGUGUAGCACUUGUUCGUGAGGUUGCCGACCAUCAGGAAAUGAUUAGAUCUCUAGCUAGAACUAUUCUACUCAGGCUGAUUAUUAAGAAGAAUAUUGAUCAGCUGGUGAAAGACAAGCAAAGCGCUUCACUGGAUGUGAAGAAGGAGAUUAAUGGACAAGUUAGAAAAUGGGGUUUGGACAUAAGAGCUGUUGUUCUCUCCGAUGUAAAAGUAUUGAAAUCUCCUGUAAAGGAGGGAGGUAUUCCACCUCUACUAGCCAGUCUAGGUCAUACAACACAGACCCUCUCCCCAGCAGCAUUUGCAAAGUACAUCUACUCCAUGGAGGAGGAGGAGGAGGAGACGGGGAACCUCAUAGAUAUCCAGGAUUCAAUAGAAGAAGCUGAACAGGGGAAGACCAGCUGGUCGGUUUGUCUGCAGAAUAUUCUAGAAACUGAGAAAAUCGAGGCGGAAAAUAUCGGAACUUACACUCUGAUUCUCUCAGAUGUUGGAACUAAAUUAUUGAUGAGUAUUACAGACACUUCUAAAACUUGUUGCGUCGUAGAUAAAGAAGUUGAGAGUGAUGUUUGUUUAACACUGACUAGUUCUGAUCUAGCUGGUAUUCUUAAGGGAAGUCUUCCUCCCCUGCAGGCAUACCUCUCCAAUAGGAUUCAGAUAACAGGAGAUGUGAGGAAACUAAUGUUCCUGGAGAAGAUGGGGAAUAAGACUCAUAAACCUGGACAAACCUUCCACAUCUAGAUAUAUUAACAGUUAACAUUGAAUCCCGCUAAUCUAAAAA